CGCCUGUCUCCGCGCCGGGCAUGCCUCGGGAGCCGGGGCGGCCCGGGCCGCGGGCGCUCUGCGGCGCAUGGACGCGGCGGCGCCGGGCGAGCAGCGGGAGGAGAAGGCGCAGGCGGCGGGCGGAAGCGGCGACCCACGGCUGGGAACACCGGCGGCGCGAGGGGACGGCCGGCCGCCGGCGAGGCUCCGGCCCCACUACUUUUCCGUAGCCUCCCCACCUCAGCAGCACGGCCCCGGCCGCCGGCCACGGCCCGGCAGCCCGGGCGGCCGGCCCCGAGGCCCGCACUCUCCCGCCACCCCACGCACACGCACACCCCCGCCCGCCCACGCCCCCACCCGGGAGGGGGGAGAGAGGCAAAAAGUAAGAGAGGAAAAAAAAAUAGCAGGAAGAUGGCGCCCACCAAACCCAGCUUUCAGCAGGAUCCUUCCAGGCGAGAACAUUUACAAGCAUUGAGAAAGGAGAAAUCCCGAGAUGCUGCUCGCUCCCGCCGGGGAAAAGAAAACUUUGAGUUCUAUGAAUUGGCCAAGUUGUUGCCUCUUCCUGCAGCCAUUACCAGCCAGCUCGACAAGGCAUCCAUCAUUCGACUUACAAUUAGCUAUCUGAAAAUGAGGGACUUUGCUAACCAGGGGGACCCUCCGUGGAACUUGCGAAUGGAAGGCCCUCCACCUAACACAUCAGUAAAAGGGAUACAAAUGUGGAAAUCUGAACUCUGCAUGAGAAAGACACCAUGUGAAGUUAUAGGUGCACAGCGAAGGAGAAGCCCCAGUGCACUAGCCAUUGAAGUAUUUGAAGCACAUUUGGGAAGCCACAUUUUGCAGUCCCUGGAUGGCUUUGUAUUUGCACUAAAUCAAGAAGGAAAAUUUUUAUACAUUUCCGAAACAGUCUCCAUCUACCUAGGCCUCUCACAAGUGGAGCUGACAGGCAGCAGUGUCUUUGACUACGUCCACCCCGGAGAUCACGUGGAGAUGGCUGAGCAGCUGGGCAUGAAGCUCCCCCCUGGGCGGGGUCUCCUGUCGCAGGGCACUGCUGAGGAUGGAGCCAGCUCAGCAUCUUCCUCCUCUCAGUCGGAGACCCCCGAGCCAGUGGAGUCAACCAGCCCCAGUCUGCUAACCACUGACAACACUCUUGAGCGUUCCUUUUUCAUCCGAAUGAAAUCUACUCUGACCAAACGCGGUGUGCACAUCAAAUCAUCAGGAUAUAAGGUGAUUCACAUAACAGGCCGGCUACGCCUGAGAGUGUCGCUGUCCCACGGGAGGACCGUCCCCAGCCAAAUCAUGGGUCUCGUGGUUGUUGCGCAUGCCUUGCCUCCCCCUACGAUCAAUGAAGUCAGAAUUGACUGCCAUAUGUUCGUCACUCGAGUAAAUAUGGACCUCAAUAUCAUUUACUGUGAAAAUAGGAUUAGUGAUUACAUGGAUCUGACCCCUGUAGAUAUCGUAGGGAAGAGAUGCUACCACUUCAUCCAUGCUGAAGAUGUGGAGGGCAUCAGGCACAGUCACUUGGACUUGCUGAAUAAGGGUCAGUGUGUGACAAAGUACUAUCGCUGGAUGCAGAAGAACGGAGGAUAUAUUUGGAUACAGUCCAGUGCCACCAUAGCUAUUAAUGCCAAGAAUGCAAACGAAAAGAAUAUCAUCUGGGUGAAUUACCUUCUUAGCAAUCCUGAAUACAAGGACACACCCAUGGACAUCGCACAGCUCCCCCAUCUGCCGGAGAAAACUUCCGAAUCCUCGGAGACAUCCGACUCUGAGUCAGACUCUAAAGACACCUCAGGUAUUACAGAGGACAACGAGAACUCCAAGUCCGACGAGAAGGGGAACCAGUCCGAGAACAGCGAAGACCCGGAGCCCGACCGGAAGAAGUCGGGCAACGCGUGUGACAACGACAUGAACUGCAACGACGACGGCCACAGCUCCAGUAACCCGGACAGCCGCGACAGCGACGACAGCUUCGAGCACUCGGACUUUGAGAACCCCAAGGCGGGCGAGGACGGCUUCGGUGCUCUGGGCCCGAUGCAGAUCAAGGUGGAGCGCUACGUGGAGAGCGAGUCGGACCUGCGGCUGCAGAACUGCGAGUCACUCACGUCCGACAGCGCCAAGGACUCGGACAGCGCGGGCGAGGCGGGCGCGCAGGCCUCCAGCAAGCACCAGAAGCGCAAGAAAAGGCGGAAACGGCAGAAGGGUGGCAGCGCCAGCCGCCGGCGCCUGUCCAGCGCGUCGAGCCCAGGCGGCCUGGACGCGGGCCUGGUGGAACCCCCGCGGCUGCUGUCCUCCCCCAACAGUGCCUCGGUGCUCAAGAUCAAGACGGAGAUCUCGGAACCCAUCAAUUUCGACAACGACAGCAGCAUCUGGAACUACCCGCCCAACCGGGAGAUCUCUAGGAACGAGUCCCCCUACAGCAUGACCAAGCCCCCCAGCUCUGAGCACUUCCCGUCCCCGCAGGGCGGCGGCGGUGGGGGCGGCGGCGGCGGCGGCGGGGGGCUGCACGUGGCCAUCCCCGACUCGGUCCUCACCCCGCCCGGCGCCGACGGCGCGGCCGCCCGCAAGACUCAGUUCGGCGCCUCGGCCACCGCGGCCCUGGCCCCCGUCGCCUCCGACCCGCUGUCACCCCCGCUCUCGGCGUCCCCGCGGGACAAGCACCCCGGGAACGGCGGCGGCGGGGGCGGGGGCGGGGGCGGCGGCGCGGGGGGCGGCGGCCCCAGUGCGUCCAACUCCUUGCUGUACACUGGGGACCUGGAGGCGCUGCAGAGGUUGCAGGCGGGCAACGUCGUGCUCCCGCUGGUGCACAGGGUGACCGGGACCCUGGCCGCCACCAGCACGGCCGCGCAGAGGGUCUACACCACGGGCACCAUCCGCUACGCGCCCGCCGAGGUGACCCUGGCCAUGCAGAGCAACCUGCUGCCCAACGCGCACGCUGUUAACUUCGUGGACGUUAACAGCCCCGGCUUUGGCCUCGACCCCAAGACGCCCAUGGAGAUGCUCUACCACCACGUGCACCGGCUCAACAUGUCAGGACCGUUCGGCGGUGCAGUGAGCGCAGCUAGCCUGACGCAGAUGCCCGCCGGCAACGUGUUCACCACGGCCGAGGGACUCUUCUCCACGCUGCCCUUCCCCGUCUACAGCAACGGCAUCCAUGCGGCACAGACUCUGGAGCGCAAGGAGGACUGAGGCGCCGCCCGUCCUGGGCCCGGCCAGGCCCCGCUUGGAGGAGGCAUCGUCGGCAUUUUCGUUUAGACCUUUAAUUCUAGCACUUUGAAUUCGAGCAGGUCAGCGUCUUCUCUCGCCACGACGGUCCCCAUUCCACUCCCUCUUUCUUUCACCUGACUUAUUCUUUCGUGUAAAGAUAUGUUUAUUUUUUGCCUUCAGAGGGUCAGACGACCAGUUGCCUGCCGUUUUGUCUUCUUCUAAGAUGUGUGUUGGGUUGUUUUGCUUUCCUUUGCAUCUUUAUUAAGAUGUCUUUCAUGUGUAUAUGCCUCUGCCAUAGAAUACUCAGUCUUGUGGUCAAGAGAGUUCUCAAGUGACAACCAUUGGGGUUUCUUCAUAAAGAUCUUGAUAUGAUCAAGAUGGAAAGAGACAAGCAUAAACAAUGUGCCCUGUUUGACUAAGUCAAAUGAAAUGGGGUGGUUUUUUGUUUCUGUUCCUAAUUCCUUUAAAAAAUAGGGGGAAUAGUAUUUUAGAAUUUUAUGCAGAAUUUAAUUCUCUUUUUACGGUUAAGAUUUUAAGAUUUUCUUACUUGCACAUAAAAAUAAUUUGGGUUCUUAAACUUAAUUUCUGGCCUGUGACUAGAAUGUUUAAAAAAAAAAAAGUCGGACUAAAUGUUAAUUACUGAAACAUUAACUUAAUUUCUAAAACCAUGGUGCUAUCAUUUAUUAAUCUGUAAUGUCUUCAUACAAAAUGCAGCUCCUGGGCUGGGUUUUGGGGGAAAAAAAAAAAUGUGUUCUGUCCUGGUCUGGAGUCCGUUGCUGCAGUCUCCUUGGUUAGUUAAGACAAAGCCCUCAUUAACGUUUGCUGCAGGACUUAAGAUUUUUUACCUCCCAACUAACAAACAUAGCCUCACAUUAAAUUUAAUGGGUCAGUAAAGCCCUUUUUAAAGGGGCUGCUGGAAAACUCAAUCAAACUGAUUUGAGGAGCAGUUUAGGUACAUACUGCCUUUUGUUUAGCUUUUUGUUUUCCUUACUCAGUCUAACUGAGGCUAAUUUUGCAACUUCAAUAACACUUCAGAGUAAAAGAAGGAAAAUACUUAACAUGUUUUUGGUUUUUUUCAUUUCUUGCGUAAAAAAAAGGAAGGUUGUAUUUUGGGGGACUGGUUUGAUUUGAUGGAAUUUCUUUCCCUUUGGUUCUUAUUUCUGGGUUGAAACCAGUAAGUUUUAAAACUAAAGAAUGGGUUAAUAAGCUUCAGACAGAUAACUGCAACUGAAAACUGCACAUUAAGUAAAAAAAAAAAAGAAAAAAAAAGAAAAAGAAAAAGAAAAAAAAUCCUAUUUUGUCUUUGUUGCCAGAAAUCAGUGUGGUGUCAAACACUCCAAAUGACUGUCAAGUAUAAAUUCUUCUUCCACUUCAUUUUUGGCAGCUGUUUGUUAAGGCAUCUAAUAACAGAUGUGAGAACUGUAAUGUGUACAAUGUGUACGUGUCCUUGGCUGUCAGUCCCAUUGCAGUUUCAAUGUGUGUUUCUAUAUGCAGUAUAUACUAAGCUAAUGUAGUUGUUUUGUCCUUUGUCUUAUCUGUGCUCUAUCUCUAGUCUGGAGUGGUACAGUCCCAUUCCUGCAGUCCUAGUGAAUCAGUGAUUCUUGGGGGUUAGUGGGUUUUGUGUGGUGGCCUUCCUCUGUAAUGUCACCCUAUGCUGCUUCUACUGUCUGUGAAUCUUCCGUUUUACCUUUUAAAAUUCCUGCUGUUGCUUUGCUGGUGUAUAUUCUCCCUACCUCUCCUCUCUUGCCUCCCUUUCCCAUCUCCCCCUCUCCCUCCUCUUCGUUCCUUCCCCAUCCCCAAAAUCUCUUUCAUUCUCAGAGAUGAAAAGACUCUUAACUAGCUCAAGGUUAAUGGAGCCAUUUUUCCCACAACGGAAUUCUGGGUAUGACUCUGUCUUCUGGAGUGCAACACAAAGCACUGAAGAAUAAUGCUCAGAUAUAUUAAAUAAAUUGAUGCCAUAUAGCCUCAGUUGUUAACAUUCCCAGAGUCCCUUGUGCUCUACCUGUAAGCAGUGGGUGCUUUUCUUUGGUUUCCUUUCAGGUUGGCUGAUGGAGCAAUAUAUAAAGCAAUUACCACUGAGACAGAAAAUUCUUUCAAAGGUCAACCAACAUUUUUAAGAAACAAAAUGGGAGGGGAUAAUGGAAUCUAGAAUUGUCAUAUAUAUUUGUUUACUUGUGCAAUGCUAAUAUAGUGACUCGGCUGUCCUUUGAAUAUCACUGUGUUGAGUAGAUUCCUCUAGGACCUUUGAUAUCAUGAGUUGGGCCCAAACCACGGUGGGAUAAUAACAAAAAGAAGUUAAAUGCCACAAAUUUUAAUACUGAGCUUACUUGAAGGAUUUAAGUAGGUUUAGAAGGUGAAGAAGGCCGAUGGAGAAAUUUACAGAUUAAUUUUGGAAGCUCUACUCUAGCUAUCGAACAAUCAAAGGAAUGCACCUAUCAGCUACAAAGAACAGCUAGACAGCUGUUUUUUUUCUUUUAUAAAUGUUUCUGUGUUGUGUCAAAAUGAUUUCUGGUGAUUUAAACUAACAGAUAAUCACAGCUGCUGUCUAAAUCCAUAGUGUUGAAAAUUACAAAAUGAAAAAAAAAAACACUUCAUUACCUGUGAAGACUGUGUCUGUGUUUUUAACUAUUUCUUGUACAAAUAUAUGAAAACUUUUAUGAGGAGACUGGUGCCAAGUAGCUGAAUAAUGGGGAAAGGGAUAUUCUGUUCGUAAAAAUCUUAGCAGUGUUACCAACUCUACGAUAUAUAUAUAAAAAAAUAAUUAAAACGUUACAAAGCGACAGCUAUGGUACAUUUGUUUUGUGUGAAGCUAACCGGACCUAACUUCCUGAGUGCCUGGCUUAUUUUGAAACAUUUUUUUUCAUUGACCAUUGAUAAUGCUGCAAAUCAGAAAUGUACAUACUUCAUUUACAACAGGGUUCUUUUUAUACUUUUGUAGAUUCUCAUACAUGUCACAUACAUGGUUGUCUUUAUGUAACUUAAUUUUUUCAUCCGCAGGUGCCAUUUUCAUAAUAAACUUCUCUUGGAUUUGUUA